ACGGCCAGCAAGGAUGUUCUCGGCCCUGAAGAAGCUGGUGGGCUCCGACCAGGCCCCCGGGCGGGAAAAGCCCAUCCCGGCCGGGCUGCAGUCCAUGAACCAGGCGCUGCAGAGGCGCUUCGCAAAGGGGGUCCAAUACAACAUGAAAAUUGUCAUCCGGGGGGACCGAAACACAGGGAAGACCACUCUUUGGCAUAGACUCCAAGGAAAGAAAUUUGUUGAAGAAUACAUUCCUACUCAGGAGAUCCAAGUCACCAGCAUCCAUUGGAAUUACAAAACCACUGAUGAUAUUGUGAAAGUUGAAGUCUGGGAUGUAGUUGACAAAGGCCAAAAAAUCCAGCUGCGUGACGCUUCGGGCAAAUGCAAAAAGCGAGGGGACAGCUUGAAACUGGAGAAUGACCCUCAGGAGGCAGAGUCAGAGAUGGCUUUGGAUGCAGAAUUCCUGGAUGUGUAUAAGAACUGCAACGGCGUAGUGAUGAUGUUUGAUAUCACCAAGCAAUGGACCUUUAACUACAUCUUGAAGGAGCUUCCUAAAGUGCCGACCCACGUUCCAGUGUGCGUGCUGGGGAACUACCGGGACAUGGGUGAGCACAGGGUCAUCCUACCAGAUGAUGUCCGAGAGUUCAUCGAUAACCUGAACAGACCUCCUGGCUCUUCGUACUUUCGCUAUGCCGAGUCUUCCAUGAAGAAUAGCUUCGGCCUCAAAUACCUGCAUAAAUUCUUCAACAUCCCCUUCUUGCAGCUGCAGCGAGAGACAUUGCUGCGGCAGCUGGAGACAAAUCAACUUGAUAUUGACGCGACGCUGGAGGAGCUUUCUGUGCAGCAGGAGACGGAAGACCAGAACUACGAAAUCUUCCUUGAGAUGAUGGAGGCCCGCAGCCGAGGGCACGCCUCCCCCCUGGCAACCAACGGGCAGAGCCCUUCCUCGGGGUCUCAGUCACCUGUGGUUCCCCCAGGCAACACUUCGGGGAGUUCGAGCCCCAGCACGCCCCAGCUGCCGCUUCCACUUCCUCAGCAGAGCCCAGCCAUCCCAGCUGCUCCCCUGGAACCACUUACACCCCAGGUGCCGGUGCUUCUGCCAGAGACCCAGCCAUCCAUGGCGACGGCUGUCCCCGUCCCUCCUGCUGCAGCCCCACCGCAGAAGCGCAGCAUCAUCUCCCGGCUUUUUGGGACCUCUCCCGCUCCCGAAAUGCCCCCGCCUCCGCCAGAUCCUGCAGCUGCCACUCCUGCUCCCGAUGUUCCUUUGAAAGUGCAGAGUGUGGAGGACUUUGUCCCUGAAGACAGCCUGGACCGCAGCUUCCUGGAUGACUCCACCCCACAGAAAGACAAGGGGAAACUUCAGCCUAAGCUGCGCACUGAUAGCGAUAGUGACAGGGAUGCCUCUGGAGGGAACCCGAUGGUGGCUGGCUUCCAAGAUGACCUGGACUUAGAUGAUCACAUUCCCAGCAAACCCUUGCCAGCAGCAGAGAUGGUACCAAGCAAAAAUGUUGCCCUAUCAAGUGACGAAGAGGAAGAAGAACACUCCAAAUUCACCAUCAUGGCUGAUGAAGAUAUUAGCUCUGAACAAGAGACAAAACGGUCUUCCAGAAAGCCCUUGAAACCCCCAAAGCCAGUAGCUUCUAGCAAAACAGUAGACCUGAAGGCUUCCGCUAGCUUACCUGCUCAGCUUGGGUUUGAGCAAAACGGCAGCACCAAGCUUCCUACUGCUGCAGUUGCCACGGAGGCUGCCUCUUCCACAUCAGCCACACCAUCCCAUCCUCAGAAGGCCCCCACCCCAGCCAAGCCCUCUGCUUCUAAACAGAAGGGGGACAAACGAGAGGAGUCGGACAGCGAUCCAGAGGGACCAGUUGCUACCCAGAUGCUCUCGUUUGUCAUGGAUGAUCCGGACUUUGAAAGUGAGGAGUCAGACAGCCAGAAGAAUAGAGUGGACGAGUUCCCUGUGCGGGAAGAUCUCUCGGACAUCUCUGAUGAAGAUGCUGCUUCGAAACCCCCACAGCCACCAAAGCCAGUGAUCCACUCCUUCAAGCCGAAGAACGAUUCCGAUCUCUUUGGCCUGGGCCUGGAUGAACCGGGUCCCAAGGAAAGCAGCGAGGAAGAUAAGGAGAAACAAUCCUCCAAAGAGAAAAAGAAGAAAAAGAAGAAGAGUAGCAAAGAGGAAGAAGAGAAGUCAGCAGCGAAGAAGAAAAGCAAGCACAAGAAGGUCAAGGAGAAAGAGAAGGAGGAGGGCAAGGAGGAGAGGAAGAAGAAGAAGAAGCGGAGUAGGGAGAAGGACAGCGGGAUCGACGAACUGGAGGCCUUUCUGGGGGGUGGGGCGGGCGCCACCAAGCUGCAGGGGGGCGGAGACUACGAGGAACUGUAGCCCCGUCCUGCUGCGCCCACAUUCCGCGGGUGCUCC